AUGGUGGUGAAAGUGAUCGGCGCCGCUGUGCGUGUGGUCGAGACGCCAGAGUUCUACAUCGACGAGUACGCGGGCAACGUAGGAACCAAGGACGACCAGCUCUCCAUUGCGGUCGUCAGGGUCGCAGAGCCGACUGCCGAGCCGUGGCUGACGCUGCACUACGACGAGUGGAUCUGCGUGGUCAAGGGGCGGGUUGACUGCGAGUUUGAGGGAGGCAGCCUCACGGCGAAGGCUGGCGAGACCAUCUUUGUCGCCAAGGGCACACGUUUCCGGCCAUCCUUCCCCGAGGGAGGCACCGAGUACGUCCCGGUGUGCAUCCCGGCGUUUCGGCCGGACCGCUGCAUCCGUGAGGACAGCGACGCGAAAGAGUCGAAAAUCGCAGAGAAGCUGCAGACGCUGCACGCGCCCGCCAGCGCGGUGCUGUCGGAGCCACCACCCGAAGUGCUCUACCAUAUGUGCCCCGUCCCUGCGUGGGAGGCGGCCAAGAAGAGCGGCGGCGCCUACUACCCCGCCACCUUUGAGGCCGAUGGGCACUACACGCACGCGACGGGCGUGCCGGCGCGGCUGCUCGAGACGGCCAACCACUUUUACCAGGACGACUCGCACGCAUGGGUUUGCCUGCAGAUGACGCGGACGGCGCUGCGCCAGGCGGGUAUCUUUGUGCGAGACGAGGAGGCGAUGCCCGUCGGCGACAAGGCGGUCGGCGAGUCGUGGGGCAAGUGGGUCUGCCCACACAUUGUGGGUGGGAUCCCGCUGUCGGUGGUGGAGAAGGAGCACCCGAUGAGCCGUGAAGGGCCACAAUUCACCGCGAUCCCCGGGGUUUGCGACUGA